UUGGCCGCCAGAGGUCGCCAGUGUUGGGGGUGGACGCUGGCUGCUGCUGCUGGAUGUGGUCGAGGGACUGGUUACUUGGGCUCCAGGUGACAGUGGCGGAUAUGAGCUAACGUGCUGCCCCACAGAGGACAGGCGACGGUGCAGACGCGGGUGGACGGAAAACUAGUGUUUUGACAGUCGACACCUGAAUCAUCCCAGUUGGUAGGCAGGAUUGAAGCAGUUAAAGGAAAAAAACACUGGGGGCAGCUCAAAGGUGAACUGUAUGCAGAUGAAAUAAAAAUAACCGCAGUUGAAGGUUGUGAACCUUACGAACUGAGAUUGAAAUCAGUUGCCAUGGUGAUGAUGGGUUACGGAGGAGCCUCCUACCUGCUGGUGUUGCUGGCUGUCCUUCUCACAGUCUGCCUCUCAACACCUCCCUUGUACCAGGAGGUGAAGUGGUCGGAGGCGGUGGUGGAGGUGACGUUGAACUCCGACCACGCCCACUCUGACACGUACGGCCACGCCCACAUCAGAAGCCACGCCCCUAACAGCCUUCUCAAGGUUACCAUGGAGAAUAGGAACUAUCAACUAAAGCUGACUCCCACGAAAUGGCUUGUGUCAUCGGAAGCCACUAUUACCCGCGUGGGCGAGGGCGUGGGUGGUGGCAGCGAGUACCUGCCCCUCGAGCCCCGUCCGUGCCUGUACCUGGCCCACGCUGAGGACGCGGGCGUGCAGGACGCGUCGGGCACCGUCUCCCUCUGUCACCGCGAUGGACCGCGAGUGUUGCUGAUGAUUGCAGACGAGAUGGCGGAGCUGCUGCCCCUUCAUGAAGACCAGGGACCCCUUCAGGAGGCUCAGGGGCCCCUUCAGGAGGCUCAGGGGCCCCUUCAGGAGGCUCAGGGGCCCCUUCAGGAGGCUCAGGGGCCCCUUCAGGAGGCUCAGGGGCCCCUUCAGGAGGCUCAGGGGCCCCUUCAGGAGGCUCAGGGGCCCCUUCAGGAGGCGGUGUCUAGCUCUCCGCCGCCCUCAGCAUCUAAGAGGGUCGAGGGGGGACAAAGCCAGGGGUUCACACACGUGGUCAAGCGACACCCACUCCCCGCCCUCAUGGACCAGGACUGUCAGAAUCACGUCAGCUGCGCGCGGACUCCGACCGUCCCCGACCCCAUUGGCUUGCCAGACCUCAGCCAGGUCAUGGUGGACCCCACGGAGCAGGAGGUGAAGCGGGUGGCGGAGGUGACAGGAGCCGGGGCCAGGCCGCUGACGGUGGAGUUGGGGCUCUUCCUCGACCAGGCCCUCAUAGAACUCUUCUCACAGUACCUGUCGUCCGAGGAGGAGCUGGUCGACCUCGUCCUCGCCCUCGUUAACAAUGUCCAGGCGCUGUACCGGCACCCAUCGCUGGGGCGCCGGGUGGACCUCACCAUCACCCACCUGCGGCUCCUCAACUCCCAGCCCAAGGGCUUCGACACCCACAAUGGCGACAGAUCGCAGCUCCUCAAGUCCUUCUGCGAGUACAACCAGAGAAACAAUGACCCAGACGACGCCAACCCCGACCACUGGGACAUUGGCGUCUACCUGUCAGGCCUCGACUUCUUCGUGAAGAACCCUGACGGGACAGACGACGCGGUGACGAUGGGUCUGGCGUACACGGGGGGCGUGUGCAAGCCUCACCUCUCCUGCGUCAUCAACGAACUCGGGGCCGUCAACUACCGCGGGCGUCCCUACCCGUCCACAGGCGCGCUCAGCUCCUACGUCCUCGCCCACGAAAUCGGACACAGCUUGGGUCUGCGCCACGACGGGGUCAGCAACGAGUGCGCGACGAGCGGGUUCAUCAUGGCCGCCGGCAGGGGUCGGAAGGGCGCCACCACCUGGUCCUCCUGCGCCAGGGACAAGAUCCUCAUGCAAGAUGGCGAAUGUCUGCACGAGGGCGGCGUGGCUACUGGCGUGGCUGCCGGCGUGGCUGCCGGCGUGGCUGCCGGCGUGGGCGCAGACGUGGGCGCAGACGUGGGCGCAGGCAUGGGUGUGGGUUCAGCCGUGGGGAGCGGGGAGCAGGCGAACAACCGCACCAGGUCCCGGGGCCUGCCGGGUCAGCGGUGGGACGCCACCGCACAAUGUCAACUGUUCCUGAAGGACCCCGAUGCUGUCCUGGCGGAUGUGCUGCUCAUCCACGUGAGUAUUUCCAGCACUUGGGUUCGAAGUCGCAUGAGAGAGCGGGAGGCUGGCAUCCCGCUGGGCCAUUGUCCCGCGGUGGAGUUAUACAGUGAGCCAGGGUACCAGGAGUCCCGCCGCCUCUGUGAUCAACCUCCCGCCAGGAACUCCGUCGAGGGCUGCGUAGGGGUCGAGGUUCGAGUCUCCCUCUGCUCCGACGACAAGGUGUGUGGUGUGACCCCCAGGAAGACCGUCAACCAGCUGGCCAGCGAACUGUGUCAAGUCAUCUCUAAGGUCAAGCCGGACAUUGACGGAGUGGGUCGCCAACUCAACUACAGCGCAGACUUGGGGUGGCAGGCGUGUGCCCUCUACUGUCAGAAGAAGAACAGCACCAGCUUCUGGACCCCGAGGUACGAGUUCAGGGACCUGCCCCACAUCGCCACCCACCUGCCCGAUGGCACUCCCUGCAACUCUGGCCAGUUCGUCUGCUUCAAUCGUCACUGUAUGUCUAAGCUGGAGGUGAUGCAGGCUCGAACCGCCGGGAGCAGUGACGCCUUGCCGCUGGAGCCGGGGCUCCUGGAGCCGGAGCCUUCCCUCGACUACCUGCCCAUCGACGUCGACAACCUCUACUCCUGAAGGCCCCCCCACUUGUCACCCGAUCGACGUCGACAACUUCUACUCCUGAGGGCUCCUUGUCACCCGAUCGACAUCGACAACCUCUUCUCCUGAAGGCCCCCCACUUGUCACCCGAUCGACGUCGACAACCUCUACUCCUUACCGGAGGUCCCUUGCAUCCAGGUUUCCUACUGUUCUCCUUAUCUUUCUGCUUCAUUUUUUUUCAAGGUUCCUCUCCCUUCUUACCUAUAUAUAUCCCUAUUUUUCCCUUCCUACCUGCCCUAAUCUCCCUUUCUUACCCAAAAAAGUCCCCUGGUGUUCCUUCCAAAGAGGUUAUAUAAUGCUAUAGUUUCCCCUUCCACAGCUUACCCCUUACGUCCAUUUUUGUUUGGCUCUGCCUUAAUCUUCCUGUUAUCUCGACCUUAUGGUCCUGAUAUCUUUAACUUGCCCCUCCAGGCUCUUGAGUUACUGUCCUUUCCUCAUCUAAUCACCCUUGGUUAUCAUCCUUCCCUCCUGGUCGUUCCACUCCCGUUCCUUCUAUUCCUCUGGGUUUGCGACACUUUCUUUCGUAAUUGAAUCUUUCCCGUUUGUCAUUUGUUAUUGUUUAUUUUUCCGUGUGUCCUUGUCUUGUCCUCCUUUUGUUCGUGUCUUAUCUCUCUCUUUUUCUUCUACUUUGGGUUAUCCUUCUCCUAUCGUGCUUUCCUUCCUGUUUUCCAUAUAUUACAUUCUCUAUCUCUCUCUUCUAAGCUUGUUUCUCUGUUUUCUUUUUUAUGCGUCGUCCUCUCUUUGUCUUCAGUCACUGUGCUCCCAUUCUCUAUUUCUUCACUUUAUCUACCUCCCUAUUCGCUCUACUUACCCACGUCCCCCUUCCCUAACGUUACCUACCCCACCCUUCUUCCUCUAUACUUGCCUACUUCAUCGCCUCCCUUUCUCUUUACCUAUUAAUUAAAUCGUCUACCUUCCCUAUUUCCUUCUCACUUAACCUUCUUCCCUCCCUCACCUUACCUACUUCCCCUUUCCUGUACCUGCCUCUCCCCCUUCCUGUACCUGCCUCUCCCCCUUCCUGUACCUGCCUCUCCC